CGCCAUGGUUUCCUUCUAGACAAUGCCGCCCAAUCGCUACACGGGCUUCUAUCGUGGCGGAUGUCCGUACUUCCGCGCCAGAUCAGCCGCCCUCCGUCGUUUUUGCAAUGCCUGCCUACCGAAGCUUGCGAUCCUUUUGGACGCCCUGUGAUCAUCAUAAAGUUGUCAGCUUUUCCGAAGACGCGGGACCAUGUCCGCCCGACGCUCGUUGCAUGGACGGAACUUCUGCGGCUACAC